CAAAUGGCAUUCGUAGGGUACGACGACCAAACAGUCAUUCUGUACGUGAACGCGAUCGCGUACGGUGUUGUUACUUUGCUCUAGUCAAUAAAAUAUACAUCGUAAGGACACAUAUUAUAAUACAUACCUAGCUAAUCGGUAAACGAUAUAAACAUUAUAAAUAAAAUAAAGGUGCGUUAGUGAUAAUAUAAAUAGCAACGAUGAUUAUGCGUAUAGUGAUAACGAUCACAAUGGUGUGUCUCGCGAUUUCGAGUUUAGCUACAGCGACCGCGGAAGCGGAAGCUAGCUUACAACAGUCAGAGGAGGUAUUGGUAACGAACGUACAGCAGCAAAACGUCGUCCCGGACGACGAAGGAAUUAAAGUCAACGUGACUGCCGUAGCCGCCAGGUUCAUCAAAGAUUACGUAACACCCACAUUAUGCUCGUACUCGCCAGGAUUUUGUGCAAAGCACCAACUACAGAGCAGAGAUAUCAAAAGCUAUUUAGCCACGGCCGGAACAUUGUUCGCCGGAGCGUUGGGCGUUAUGAUGACAAAAAUCUCGUUACUGAUUGUGUUAUCGGUGCUCUCCACAGUCAUCGGAAAAAUGUUGCUACUCUACGCAUUAUUCAAGACACCCCCACACCACAACCAUCAUAGCUACAAGUCAGCCCACCACCACGCACAGCCGUUCGUCAAGUACACCAAGGACAAGUAUUACAUCAAGAACUCUCCGUCAGUUCACAGUCACGACGUAGUCGUCGACUCACCUCCUGAGCACCAUGAACAUUCACCCUACGUUCUGGAAUCUGCUGUCCAUGAUCAUAAGUUGAAAGGGGUGUCAUACUACAAACGAUAACGCACCAACACUACGAUCCGACACCGGUCAGUUUUAUAGCCAUCCAAUCGACUUCAUAGACAAUUACAACAUUUAUUUAAUAUAAUUUCUACAUGUUUUUACUAUAUUUAUUUUUUGUCACAACGCGGCGGCUCCGAUCUUGGGCGGUCGAAGAUGCUUGGGGGCGGAUUCACAAAUGUUAGCUCCCCCCCCCCUCCCACUUAAUAGUUAAUACCCUUAAUAAUCAGCUUGCUUAUCAUCGAUGAUUGGAUAUAAAACUUGUAAGGCGUACCUAUGCAUCGACAAAACGCCCGCGUUCUUUACACAUACUUCUUAAUAUUUUUUUGAUUUGUUUUAACUCAAAAUGCUGUAAAUAUUACUGUAUUUAAAUCAUCGUCAAAACAAUGUAAUUAUUCUUUGUUUUAGCGUCAUAGCGAUAAUUUAUUACUUAAUAUUAUUAUUUAUUUAUUUAUUUAUUUAUUUAUUUAUU